AUGUUUGCAGCAACCGUCAGACGACUGGCGCAGUCGAGCAAAGAGUCCCUUCCGAAACAAGUUCCAUUUACCGUCUUCAACAAUCCCUACCAGGCGCGCAAAGUGUGGCCACCGAAUUUCAAGGACCUGAAUCAUGGACAGCAGCUGCGGUUUGAAAAGAAAUACAAGCGCAGAAUAGAUCUAGCAAGCAGAUCGCCGCGAUGGGAAAAGGGCGUCAAGUUUGCGCAGCUCGCCACAAUUGCAGCUGCUCUCGUAUGGCUAUUCUUUUAUUCCGAAUUUGAAUGGUGGGGGAAGCAAUACAAACCAUCCGAAGAGAUGCGCCGUCAUGCGCGAAACCUAUUCGGAGUCAUCGACCCUGAGAAACGCUACGAACGACGACCAGACGCACCAGAGUCAACCCCGGCGUCGCAACCCGAAUCUAAAACAAAAUAA